CUUCGCCCCACCCCGCCCAGAGCCCCACCCCUCAGUGGCGGAACCCGAGACACCGCUAGCGUUCCGAAGCACGCUUUCCCGAUGGCCAGCUACGAGGAGGUGAGCGUGUCCGGCUACGAGGAUUUCAUGCAGGUGGUGGAGCAGCACAGUGGCAAGACCAUUUUCGCCUACUUUUCUGGUUCUAAGGACGCCGAAGGGAAAAGCUGGUGCCCCGACUGCGUGCAGGCUGAACCAGUCGUACGAGAGGGGCUGAAGCAUGUUGGUGAAGGAUGUGUGUUCAUCUACUGCCAAGUAGGAGAAAAACCUUAUUGGAAAGAUCCAAAUAAUGACUUCAGGAAAAACCUGAAAUUAACUGCAGUGCCUACACUACUUAAGUAUGGAACACCUCAAAAACUGGUAGAAUCUGAGUGUCUUCAGGCCAACCUUGUGGAGAUGUUGUUUUCUGAAGAUUAAGAUUUGCUGAUGGCAAAUUGUGUCUAUUUCCAAAUUUGCUCUACUAUAAAAGAAACUGUAUGUCUGCUUUGAAUUCAUGUUAACAAUAAGUAAAUUAAUCAAGGAUGAUGUAAAAGAAAUUGGUAUAUAUCUAAAUAUUAGAGCACUAUUAAAAUGCUCCUGAACCCUCAA